CUGAACAUGAAGGAUGCUUGCAAGUGAACGAUUACCCACUACGACAAUAGAUGUUUCGUCACAAACACACGGAACAUCGUAAGACUAGUGUAAUGUUGAGUAAACUGCACCAGUAGAGUAGUGCAGACUUUCUCUGUUUCAUUGACAAGAUCACUCGAGAGUCAAAAGCCAUGCCAGCCAAAGACGACAAGCUGGCGAACAAGGUUUCCCCCGAGCAGGGAGAGCCGGAGAUUGAGGUGGACGCGCGGGACUCUGUUUCGAACGUCGGCCUGUACGACGAGCAGGACAAAAAUAACGAGAAGCACUACACCGGCACCGGAGGAGGAGCCUCUAGCGCGAGCGUUUCAGGCGGAACCGCAACGGAGCGGAAGUCCCGAAAUAGCUUUCUCCGGCGGACGUCCACUGUAUCUACCGAGUUACCGCCCCACUUCCGCGACAUUGACUGGACCCAGCGGCCCAUACUACUUGACCAAGACGGCAGCCCGGUGCCAACGGUGAUCGAGUUCUUGAUGCAACCGAUGCGGUUUCAGGUAGAGGUGAAGGAUGGCAAGGAAAUGCUGCUCUUCGACCUUCGCCUGAUUCUUUUCUGGACGGACCAUCGCCUCGAGGGCUAUCCACAGGAAAAAGACAUCCCCGCGGACAUCUGGCGCCCGGAGUUCUUGGAGCAUCUGAAUUCGGUCACGCUUGGCGGUGCCGCGACCUAUGAAAUUCAGCCCACGUUCGCACUGAAGGAGCGGACGGAGGGGAAGCUGCAAAUGCUGGUUCCCGUGUUGGUAGAGCGCGAUCUAAGCGAGGACUUGGAACGAUUCAAAGCCUUUCCCUUUGACGGGACGCGGGUCAACAUCGCCGUCGUCGCCGGUGGCGAGCGGCGUCUGGAGGGUACCAAAGACAUUACCUACACGCUUUCGACGGAUUCUCCGAUGUUCGGGGGUGGUGAAGAUGAUAAAAGCAGUAGGGCCCGCGAUGCCGGAGCGGACAGUGAUGAAAACAAAGCAAGGGAAAGUCCGCACAACAUCGGGAAGAAAGGCGGAAAAGUCUCAGUGCAGAAGAUCAUAGACCGCUUGCAACGCCGCGACGGCGUUGCAAGCGGUCUAUGGGGACCGUUUUACUUGACGAAAACGCGCCUCAGAUGCAAGGCACAUCCCAUCUGA